GGUGAUGAUUAAUAGUCAUUGAAGCUUGUGCAUGAAAUAUGACACUUGGCAGCCAUUAUAUGAAUGCAAUGACCACUUUUGAAGAUUCUUAUGCAACUGGGUUGUUUCUGAACCUGAUGCGGACACAUGUAAUCUCUUUUUUAAAUCAGUUCAAAUUCAGAGGAAAGAAGAAGACAACUUUUUUCUGGGAUGUGAAGGCCCACCCUUGUCCUUAUUUCAUCUCUUUCUCCCUUGUAGCCUAGAAAAAAGUCUUAAACUGAAACCAACUUCACUUACACAAACACUCUUGUGGCUUAUAUUUUGGCAGGUCUCAAUUCUGUUUUGAUUGAGUGAAAAUGACUGAUACGUUCUUGGUUUUGAGUUUGGUGGGUGUGGAUUUGAUGUUUGAGAAAUGGAUCAAAUGAAUGUGGAAUUCUUUGGUAAAGGUGAAUUUGUUGAGAGUUGGCGAUGCUUUAAUCUUUUUCUUCUUGUUGAUAGGUGGUUUCUUGCUUGGAUGAAUAAAUAUUGUUGAUGUUUCAAAGCUGAAAUUUUUCUCUUCAAGUUUCCGGCUUAAUUUCUUGGAAAGUUCAAAGGCUGAUAGAAACUGAGAGUUUCUUAAGGAAAUUAAAUUUGUUGGGGCUUACAGUGAAGUGAAAGGAACAUUGUGGCCUCAGAGACUAAAUUAUUUAACUUGGCUUCUUGUGGACAACUUGAAGCUUUUAAUCAUAUAAUGGCUGAAGAAUAUGAUAAUUUCCCUUCUUCUGAUAAGAAUAAACCUCCCCUCUACAUUUUCUUCAGGAAUGCCAGAAAUGCUUUGAAGUUGGAUGAACUUGGUUUAGAAAUAUUACAGAUUGCACUGCCUGCAUCACUGGCUUUGACAGCGGAUCCAAUUGCUUCUUUAGUUGAUACAGCUUUUAUUGGCCAAAUAGGCCCAGUAGAACUUGCAGCUGUAGGAGUUGCUAUUGCUCUAUUCAAUCAAAUAUCAAGAAUUGCAAUCUUUCCACUCGUCAGUAUCACAACUUCUUUCGUUGCCGAGGAAGAUACUGUUAAUAAAACCAAUCAAGAGGCACAACAGUUGGAUGGGUACUUAGAAUCUGGUGAUGCUGAAAAUAAGGAGUUGCUGCCAAAAAAUGAUUCUGGCGAGUCUGGAUUCAGAGGCAGUAGCUAUGAAUCUACAAAAUCUGGAAAUGAAAGGCGACAUAUUCCAUCAGCCUCAUCAGCUUUGGUUAUUGGUAGCAUCCUCGGCAUCCUUGAAGCCAUAAUCCUUAUAACUGGAGCAAAACCUCUAUUAGAUUUUAUGGGAAUUGGUGCUGACUCUCCUAUGCUAAUCCCUGCUCAACAAUACUUGACAUUAAGGUCACUCGGUGCCCCUGCAGUUCUUUUAUCAUUGGCCAUGCAAGGGGUCUUUCGCGGAUUCAAGGAUACCAAAACCCCCUUAUAUGCCACAGUGUCUGGAGACUUAGCAAACAUAAUUUUGGACCCAAUAUUCAUUUUUGUUUUUCGUUGGGGAGUCAGUGGCGCAGCCAUUGCUCAUGUUAUAUCUCAGUACCUCAUUGCAGUAAUACUUUUGUGGAGAUUAAUAAAGCAAGUCGAUCUCAUUCCUCCUUCUGUCAAACAUCUCCAAUUUGGUCGAUUUCUUAAGAAUGGUUUUCUAUUACUGAUUAGAGUAAUGGCAGUUACAUUCUGUGUCACCCUUUCUGCAUCUUUGGCUGCACGACAGGGACCAACUCCCAUGGCUGCAUUUCAGGUCUGCUUGCAGGUUUGGUUGGCAACAUCUCUUCUCGCUGAUGGUUUGGCUGUUGCUGGUCAGGCAAUCCUUGCAAGUUCAUUCGCCAAGAAGGACUAUGUGAGGGCAACAGAAACUGCAGCUCGAGUAUUGCAGUUGGGAUUGAUUCUCGGGUGCAUUCUAUCCAUCACGCUUUCAGUAGGGCUAACUUAUGGAAAAGUAUUAUUCUCAAGAGACGCUGAUGUUCUCCACUUCAUUAGUAUAGGAAUUCCGUUUGUUGCAGGUACUCAACCUUUGAAUUCGUUAGCAUUCGUUUUUGAUGGUGUCAACUUUGGAGCAUCCGAUUUCAAAUAUGCAGCAUACUCUAUGGUCACAGUAGCUAUUUUCAGCAUCCUAUGCUUGUUGGUUCUCUCCACCACAAGCGGGUUCAUCGGACUCUGGGUUGGUCUAACCAUCUACAUGAGUCUUCGAGCUUUUGCUGGAUUUUGGAGGAUAGGGACCGGAACGGGGCCUUGGGAAUUUCUCAAGAGAUGAAGUUUGAUUCACAUUUAUGGUGGUUUCAGCUAUCAGUUUGGCAGGUCUAUAAGAAGUUGCAACACUUUGUUUCCAUAAUUUUCAUCUCAUGGAAGCAAACUUUUGCUUUUGGCAAUAUGUACACCAAUGUUUCUGCUUCAAGUUCAGGCUUUUUGGUUGCCUGAUAUAAUUUUUUCCUUCCUAAUAUGUAGAGAUGUAAUAGAAUGCAGAAAAAAUUAUGCAAGUAUACACGUAAAGAGGAAAAACAUAUCCUCAAUGUUACUUUUGUUUUUGAGGAAGUUAAUUCUAGCAAAUUCAUUCUU